AUGCCUUUCUCUCUAAAAGGCUCGUGUGACGCCGCUAAGAAGCCGGUUAGUAUGGCCUUGCUUCUCGCGAAAAAUGUGAAAUUUCGAAGCGGUGCCAUACGUCUGGAGCCUGUUGGGGCUUUCGUUCGUGGUUCCUCCUUUAGAGCUGCUGAAGUGGAGACGGUGUUCAUACAGGGAGCUUCACAAACUAUUCAACUGCUGAAGCAGAGCCUAAAUGAAGAACUUACCCAGAUGUUGUCUCAGCCACAGAGGCAAACGGAGCAGCGCGAACUUGUACAGCACAUGUUGAAUGCAAUGAAGCAGCAAGAGCUGCGGGUGGCACAACAAACCGAGGAGCAGCAACAGCUAGUCGCACAGGCGAAUACCGAAAUACAACUAGAGUUUGCCGACACCACCGAAUGCCGCAACACGAUACAGGCAGAACUGAAAGCUGCCGCUGCGUCCUUGCAACAAGCCAAGGAGGAGCUUCAGCACUUUAGAACCGUCCUAGAGAGGGCCAAGCUGGACUACAAUAAAGGCACUGUGCGACGAGACCGUGCUGCAGCGCUUCUCCCUGUUUUAGUGGCUCGUAAGGGGGAGCUAGAGCUUCAGAAAAAAGCUCUUCUAAUGGAGUCUGCCUCUCGCACGAAAGAGGAAAGACGUGGAGUCCAAAGACGCGACAAUUCAGGUCAGGCAUACACGGGAGAGGCACACAGAGGAAAUUGGGGUAGUGACAUAGAAAGGGGCUUUGGAAAAAGCAGGGAGGGGGCACAAAGGCACAGGAAGGGACAACGCAGAGGCAUAAAAAAGGCGCAGAGAUUGAAAGACGGGAUCGUUGGCACACGAGGAGGAACCGAUAGAGAAAGAAGCAUAUAG